AUGUCAGCAGCCGAAUUACCAUUCGAAAUCCUUGCUCACAUUGCAAGAUUUCUCACCUCUAAUGAAAAACUGUGCUGUGCUACUAUUUGCAAAGCUUGGAAACAGCCAUUUCUGGAAUCUCUGUGGAUCAUCAUACGUCUUAAUAACUACAGAAAUGUCGAAUAUAUUUGUGACAUGCUCACUUCCCAGCCAAAUAUCUUUGAAAAGGACACCCAUCGGACGCGGACCUUAUUUCUGGGGAAAGGUCUGAGUAUGAGUGAGAAACAGCUUGGAAUUAUUCAGCAGCAUUUCCAAUACGUGGAAACCCUUGGGGUUACCGAACAAAGCUUAGGAAGUUCCGAGUUUGGAGAAUUUGCAGACUGGAGCCAAUGGAAAUCGCUAAAGAACAUGGACUUUUGCGUGGAAGGACUGACCUUAUACAACCAAAUGAAGGAGUUUCUCAGGAUUUUGUCUUUUUUGCCUUGCCUCCGACAUCUGGAGACUAAUAAGACGACAGAUGUUCCUUCAGUGGUCUAUAAACUGGGGGAUUUUGAGACUAUACAUUUAUACCUGCCAAAACUAGAGUAUAUGUCAAUACUUGGAAAUAUCGAAGACUUCACCACAGAAGAUCUAGUACGGAUUAAGACUGUGGUCCCAGCACACAAAUUAACUGUAGCAAAGUUCCGCAUAUUCGAUCUCGACCUGCGAUGGCUGUGUUAUUUCUCUCGCAAGUACCCUAAUCUUCAUACCCUCGAGCUUGUUUGUUUUCCUAUACCAGAAAAGGCAAGCUUGUUUCGAAAGGAAGCAAUAGCAAUGAUCCCGUCACUUUCCAAUUCAUUCCAGCGUUUAACGAAAGUUACUAUUAACUGUACACUUGGAAUGGGAUGGGGGUUUACUGCGUUCUGGGAUAUGCUUCGUCAGUUCGGUGUAUCUAUUAAACAUCUCGAAUAUCGUCUAAUUGGAUGUCACAGUGACAUAAACCAAUCAAUAAUGACGAUUAGCAAAUGUACACGCUCUUGCUCAGAAACCCUCGAAUUACUCUUUAUGUCCAAUACACUACGCUGUGAUAAUCCAUCUACAAUACCAAACACACUUGGAUCAUUACCACGACUAGUUGAUCUGUGUAUAAUCAUGGAAGGUGUUCACAUCGCAAUUGAUGCCUUGUUAGAUAACUGUACGGCCCUCAGGAAGUUACGACUAACGGUCAAGACGAUCAGUAUAAAUAGCAAUGACACUUCAGACAUUACAAUGCACGACUUACGUUCACUAGAGCUUACCAAGGCAACCACUGGCACCGAUGUAUUCAAUUAUCUUUCACACCGGUGCCCACAACUGAACUCAAUGCGUUUGGCUAGUAUGAAGGUGGUCGGGCCCGUGUCUAAAGAUACUGGUGUACUUUAUUUUGACAUGUCAUAUACACAUUUUGAUUACCUUCACUUUACCAGCGUUUUCUUUUAUGCGACAAACGAUGGGACUGAGAAUGACUACAGCUCGGUAAACUUGCUAAACUUUGGAACUUCUGACCCAGAAAUGAAUCCCGAAGGUGCAAGCGAGACAGUAUUCAACUUGGGAGACAUUGAAAAUAAGAUGCCUUUGGAUGAUCCUCUGUGGCUUCACGUUUAUUGCAACAUUGUUUCUUGCAUGCAAAUAGAUGACUUGCGAAUUCUAGAUCAAGAAGAAAGCGACUUUACGCAAGAGUACUUUGAAGCGUACGAAAGCAAUGUUGAAUCAUACUACCCAGACCACAUACGGAGGUCUUGGUGGGGACAAGUUCCCAAGGAGAGCUGGAAAGAUGAUCUCCACAGAGGAUAUGUCAGGUUUUACUUUAAUUAUGUCGGAAGAUAUGUUAUUAAAACAUACGAUGGAUGCGAGGAUAUUCUUUGGAACAAAUUGUAUGCCACAUUAAGCUAA